AUGACAAUACCAGUGGAAGAACGUACAGGAAUGGUGAACAUUCACAUCACGGACUGGUAUGAAGAAGAAGAAUGGCUGCUCGAAGGUAUAAGUAGUGGCCCUCCUUUUCCUCUACUAGACCAUCGCCUCCUCCUACUCAAGUGGGAACUCUACGAGGAAAUCUAUCCUUGGGAUAAAGAAAACUGCCCCGCUCUACCACCUCCACCAAUGUCGCUCAACAUCUGUGUCACCACCACCACUACUCAUAGCACAUUGGAGCCAGGACUACUCCUCGAUAGCAAUGGAGAUGAACUCCCGCUUCUGAACAACCUUAGUGACGAAGCACUGGCUGCCUCAUGGAGGAGUGCAUGGUGGGGAGACGAUGAAGAUGAGACAGGUCGUUGGACGAUGGGAGGCGCUAUAUACCCCUACAAUGAUGCACCUGAGGACGGAUCACAAUCCGCACCGGCUGACACCAUCAAGGAGCAGAUCAGAUAUGCUCGAACAGUCAAGUCCUCGAGCAACCCAGCAGCAGGACAGGUAUCGCUCAUCGCCCCAGACGUAGCAUCGCCCUACAAUGUCUUCAUUGCCACACCACUAACAUUCCUCAUGGAAUGCGAUGGCCAUCAUCUCUACAUCCAUCAUAUGGGCGCAGGCAACUUCGCCACCUUCCAUGCCUUUGUCUUUACUUGGGACAAUCAGAAGGUCACAUGGCACCUCUAUUCGGAGGACUCGCCUCAUCGUGUCUUCAGUCGAUGGGUCACUCUUCUCUAUCCGCCACCCAUUCCAGGCAUGCACGACUGGCAUCCAACACUCAACCGGAUGUGCAUCAUCAGUGUUCACUUCACGGGCAAGGAAGAAGGCAUCGAGCAAUACGAGGUCGAACUCUUCAGGACGUUCUCCGAUCAAGUCCACUAUGGAGACACCAAGACACCUCGUGAGUUCACGCUGGUCAUCUUUCAACCCCUCGUUGCCAUAAUCGAGUGGCCUGGAUGGCUUACCGACAGUGUCGAAGCACUGAAGGCGGUCCUCUAUGAAGAUGGAUCCAUCUCGCACUGGACACCCACCGAGUUCCAUCCUCAGCCCCAAGAGGAUCUUGACGAUGGCUGA